CACAGGACCGCUGGGGUCUCUUUUUUCCCCGCCCUCUUCCCCACGCAUCCUUUCUCGUGGUCAGAGAGCCGGGAAGCGGCGCGCCUCCUUCUCCAUCCUCCCGGGCCAGCUUUUUGGAGGUUGCCUUCUUCUCGGGGCUGCUAUCCGGCGAAGCCGCCUGGGACACCCACCCGCCUCCCUCUCAUUGCAGGAUGAUUGCCGCUCAGCUGCUGGCCUAUUACUUCACCGAGUUAAAGGAUGACCAGGUCAAAAAGAUUGAUAAAUAUUUAUAUGCCAUGCGGCUGUCAGAUGAAACUUUGAUGGAUGUUAUGGGUCGCUUCAGGACUGAAAUGAAGAAUGGCCUCUCUAGGGAUUUUAACCCAACGGCCAGUGUAAAGAUGCUGCCUACCUUUGUAAGAUCUAUUCCCGAUGGCUCAGAGAAAGGAGAUUUCAUUGCUCUGGAUCUUGGUGGGUCUUUCUUCCGAAUUUUGAGAGUAAAAGUCUCGCGUGAGAAAAAGCAGAUGGUGCAAAUGGAAACGGAGAUUUAUGAAACGCCUGAAGAUAUUAUGCACGGCAGUGGAACACGGCUUUUUGAUCAUGUUGCUGAAUGCCUGGGAGACUUUAUGGAGAAACAAGAAAUUAAGGACAAGAAAUUACCUGUUGGGUUCACAUUUUCAUUCCCAUGUAGGCAAUCUAAACUAGAUGAGGGUGUUCUGAUUACCUGGACAAAACGUUUCAAAGCAAGUGGUGUUGAAGGAGCUGAUGUAGUGAAUCUCUUAAACAAAGCCAUUAAGAAACGUGGGGAUUAUGAUGCGGACAUCAUGGCAGUGGUUAAUGACACUGUUGGGACAAUGAUGACCUGCGGAUUUGAUGACCAGCGUUGCGAAGUUGGCUUAAUUAUCGGUACUGGUACAAAUGCCUGUUAUAUGGAGGAAAUGAGGCAUAUUGAUCUGGUGGAAGGGGAUGAAGGCCGCAUGUGCAUCAACACGGAAUGGGGUGCAUUUGGAGAUGAUGGUUUAUUAGAAGACAUCCGGACUGAAUUUGACAGAGAGAUUGAUCGAGGUUCCCUUAAUCCUGGGAAGCAACUAUUUGAGAAGAUGGUCAGUGGAAUGUACAUGGGUGAACUUGUCAGGCUAAUCCUUGUCAAAAUGGCCAAAGAAGGUCUCCUUUUUGAGGGGCAAAUCACUCCUGAACUUUUGACCAAAGGGAAAUUGGAAACUAAGGAUGUUUCUGCCAUAGAGAAGAGCAAGGAAGGUUUGCAUAAAACCAAAGACAUACUGACACGUCUUGGGGUUGAACCCUCCCACGAAGACUGCAUCGCUGUCCAGCAUGUGUGCACCAUUGUGUCGUUCCGCUCCGCGAACUUGGUGGCAAGUACUCUGGGUGCUAUCCUGAAUCAGCUGCGGGACAAUAAAGGAGUUGGCCGGUUGCGCACCACGGUGGGAGUGGACGGAUCCCUUUACAAGAUGCAUCCGCAAUACGCCAGGCGCCUGCACAAAACGAUGCGACGCUUAGUGCCUGAUUCCGAUGUGCGUUUUUUGCUCUCUGAGAGUGGCAGCGGGAAGGGGGCGGCCUUCGUGACCGCAGUAGCUUAUCGGCUAGCGGAGCAGCACCGGUUGAUUGCCGAGACCCUGGCAGAAUUCAAGCUCACCAACGAACAGCUGCUUCAGGUGAAGAAGCGGAUGAGGAUUGAGAUGGAGGCCGGCCUCAAGAAGAAGUCACAUGACCACGCCAAGGUCAAGAUGCUGCCCACCUUCGUCCGCAGCACCCCUGACGGGACAGAGAAUGGAGACUUCCUGGCUCUGGAUCUUGGUGGGACAAACUUCCGUGUUUUGCUGGUGAAGAUCCGAAGUGGUAAAAGAAGGAUGGUGGAAAUGCACAAUAAAAUAUAUUCAAUCCCUGUAGAGGUUAUGCAGGGGACGGGAGAAGAGCUGUUCGAUCACAUUGUCACCUGCAUUUCGGACUUCUUGGAUUACAUGGGAAUAAAAGGAGCUUGCCUUCCGCUGGGCUUCACCUUUUCUUUUCCCUGCAAACAGAACAGCCUAGAUUGUGGUAUCCUUUUGAAUUGGACCAAAGGUUUUAAGGCUACUGACUGCGAAGGAGAGGAUGUUGUUAAUUUGCUAAGAGAUGGAAUUAAAAGAAGAGAGGAAUUUGAACUGGAUGUUGUGGCUGUAGUGAAUGAUACAGUUGGAACUAUGAUGACUUGUGCCUACGAAGAUCCAAAUUGUGAAAUAGGACUCAUUGUGGGAACUGGGAGCAAUGCCUGCUACAUGGAGGAAGCCAGAAAUAUUGAAAUGGUGGAAGGAGACCAGGGCAGGAUGUGUGUGAACAUGGAAUGGGGUGCCUUUGGGGACAACGGAUGCCUAGAUGACAUCAGGACGAUCUAUGACAAAGCUGUGGAUGAGUUUUCGUUAAAUAGUGGCAAGCAAAGGUAUGAGAAGAUGAUCAGUGGAAUGUAUUUAGGGGAAAUUGUCCGUAAUAUUUUGAUUGACUUCACAAAAAGAGGAUUCCUUUUCAGAGGUCAAAUUUCAGAAACACUGAAAACUAGGGGCAUUUUUGAAACCAAGUUUCUUUCACAGAUUGAGAGCGAUAGGUUAGCGUUGCUUCAGGUCCGUACUAUUCUCCAGCAGCUUGGCCUGAACAGCACUUGCGAUGACAGUAUAAUUGUGAAGACAGUAUGUGGAGCUGUGUCGCGGAGGGCAGCUCAGCUGUGUGGCGCUGGAAUGGCUGCUGUUGUGGACAAAAUAAGGGAGAACAGAGGCUUGGAGCAUCUGGAUAUAACCGUGGGCGUAGAUGGCACACUAUACAAACUUCAUCCACACUUUUCAAAGGUCAUGCACAAAACGGUAGAGGAGCUGGCGCCCAAAUGCAACGUGACAUUCCUGCUUUCGGAAGACGGCAGCGGCAAAGGAGCCGCCCUCAUCACUGCGGUGGGAUGCCGACUGCGUGACGCUGAGCACAACUGAACUCUGCUCAGCCCUGGGGCUGCUUAUGACUUCCAAGCACUUUCUUGACAAGCAGCAGUUCUGUAGCCUGAACUGGCAGGGAAGAGCCCAGAACUCGCUGCUUGGUGGAAGGGUUGGGGUUUAAGGA